AUGACAACCACCGAUCAUAAUCAGAUGAUGAAGCAAUGGCAGUUCACAAAAGCUGGAAAUCCUCGAGAUGUUUUAACAAUGGUCGAAGUACCUAUUCCAACUUCGUGUGCUGAUGAUGAAGUACUUAUAAAGAGCAGUCAUGUUUCAUUGAAUUCGGCUAUAGCGUAUCGGCUUAUAGCAUAUUAUGGUAUCGUCGAUCCGAUAGGUGCAUUCAUAGGCAGACCUGCUGUGCCCGAAAUGGACUUCAGUGGAAUUGUCUGUGAUUUACGAGGCGCAAAUGUAACAGAAUUUAAUACAGGUGAUCGAGUAUUUGGAAUCGGUCCUACAGGUAUUCGAGAUAUUACGCAAGGAGUGUUACGUGAGUAUGUACUUGCAAAGCGUGAUCAUAUCGUCAAGGUACCUCAACAUAUCUCACUUAAGGAUGCUUCAUGCUUCACAGCUACAGGCUACACAGCAUAUUGUUUCUUAGUUGAAAAGGCUAACUUGAAGAAAGGAGAGAAGAUUUUUAUUAAUGGUGGAUCGGGAGGCGUUGGUGUAAUGGCAAUUCAACUAGCACGUUCAAUUGUUGGACCUACAGGUCUGAUAGUGGCAACAUGUUCUCCAGCCAAAAAUGAUAUCGUUCGAAGUCUAGGCGCAGACGAAGUCAUAGAUUACACAUCACAUGUUUUGCCGGAUUAUCUUCGAGAGCACUACAGUUCACGUCUAUUUGAUGUAAUCCUCGAUACUGUUGGCAAUGAUCACACACUCUACUCCAAUUCACCCGAUUAUUUGACCCCAUCGGGUUCUACAGUAUGGUUGGCUACAAAGAGAAUCUUACAACUGUUAAGCGCGAUGGUUGUACCUGUCUACCUUGGAGGUGUACCUCGUAGACAUGUAUUCGAGCCUCUCAAACCGAAUCACUCGCGAAUGGUUGCUAUGGCGAAAUUAGUUGAAGAAGGAGCCAUGAAAGCUGUGAUUGAUUCUACAUAUGGGUAA